AUGGGGAGACAGCAGCCAGGUACUGGAACAGCGACCCACACGUUAAGGAGCAAAACAGGACUGGGGUGGACUGGCUCUGCCGGUACAACUACGAGUAUCUCACUGGACUGGCUCUGCCCGUACAACUACGAGUAUCUCAGCCCGUUCUUCCUGGAGCACCGAGUGCCCCCCAGCGUAUCCAUCUCGCUGGUGCACUCGAGCUCCCAGCCGGGCUGCUCCCUGAUGGAUUUCUACCCUGCCCGCACCCAGCUGAGGUGGCUCCAGGGCCAGCAGGAGCUCUCUGUGGUGGCCACCGACAGUCCCAACAAGGACUGGACCUACCAGCUCCUGGUGCUGCUGGAAACCCCCCCCUGGCACGGGCUCACCUGCACCUGCCAGGUCGAGCACGUCAGCCUGGAGCACCCCCUGAGCCGCCACUGGGAGAUGCCGCCAGACGCCGCCUGCAGCAAGACGCCCACAGGGAUCGGAGACUCAGAGUUGGGCUUUGUCUUCCUGGCACUGCGGUUCGGCUUCUGCCUGCACAAGAAGCUCCUGAGCCGCCGGCGCCCGCAGCCGCUCCCCGUGGCCUCGGGCCCGGACAGGACCCCCUGCUCUGUCCCCACGAUGAUUUUGGGGCGGUCGUGUGUCCCCCCAGCCCUGCUGUCACUCUGCCCCUGCCCGCCUGCUCCCAGUCUUCCCAGUAAAGCUUCCCAGUUAAGCCCAGUCCAGGUUAUGGGGGGCGGUGGGGAGGGACUUGGGGGGACCACACGGCGGGGUCGGGACUGGGCACGGAGGGUGGGGUCCAGGUGGGGAACACUGCCUGCUGCGGGUCUGCCCGGCAACUGGUGA